CGUGUAACUGAUGAGUUCUAAAAGGAGAGCGCAUCAAUGGUGGCAUACCAUGGAAGUGAGGGUGAUCACCGCGAAGGAAAGACCCAAUUUUCCGGUCUGCCGAAAUCGCCGGUUCGCGAAUGAGGGCGCGAGAUCCAUUUACGAGCUGGUAACGGGAUCGAACGCGAGAUACUGCAUAGGAGAAUACAAUUAUGCUACAAUGUGGCAAACAAAUAGAAUUAAGAAUAUACCAAGGCGUAAAUUCUCGACAGAUUCAGAAUCGAUCUCGCGUUUUUUAACUGUUAAAUUUUAUCUGAUCUAUAUAGGGAAGGACUGUAAAUAACGUUAGACGAUGAGCACGAUUUUACAGUAUUUAUGAACAUGCAAAUCCGAUAUAGUAUAUAAAUGAGCAAUAAUUAUUUACACGCUACAUUACAGAAGUCGAGCUGAUAUUGUGUUCACAUGAGAUGAAAUGGAUGAUAAAACGAGCGAUCAUUAAUCUUGUAUUUACUGUUUCGCAUCAUGCGGAAGAUUCUCAACACGAAACGUCGUUAUUGAGCUCU